AUGUUUCUUGUGGCUGGUUACGAAACAACAUCGACUGCACUCACAUGGUUCGUUCAUCUUGUAAGUAAAAAUCCUCGUGUUCAAGCAAAAAUCAAAGCUGAGCUAGGUGACAAUAAAUCUCAACGUCUGUCUAUUGAACAGCUCGACUCUCUUGAGUAUUUAAAUUGUGUUAUUGAUGAGACAUUGCGUUUUGCUCCACCUGGAAGUUACACAGUUCGCAAUCUAACUAUCGAUGAUCGACUACCAGGAAGUGGAACCCAAUUAUAUAAAGGUGAUGAAGUUAUGAUUAAUAUUUAUAAUUUAACUCGAGAUAAACGCUAUUGGAAAAUCGAUCCGGAUCUAUUCUAUCCAGAACGAUUUCAAGGUGUAGAUAAAGAUCAUCAUCCGUAUGCAUUAAUUCCAUUCGGUGGUGGUCAUCGACAAUGUGUUGGACAAGAUUUAGCUCGAUUAGAAUUGAAAGCAAUCACAACUAGACUUAUGCAACAUGUAACUUUCGGUGAUGGUGGUCAAGAAGUCAAUGCAGGUGGACACAAACGGGAAUUUACGCUCCAUCCAAAGAAUGUUGGCGUCACUAUUACAUUCGACUAA